CGCUGACAUGACAGCACAUAUUCUUGGAUGACCUGCCAUUGACCGACGCCGCCGACACGCCGCCCUGCGCUCACUUGCUCCCGGUCCACCGACACGAAUCUGCUUCAUGAGCACGCGAUAACAAGACCGCUCACGCGACUCGGUGAAGAAGAGGGAGCAGCAUGUCGACCACCAUCGGCUCAUUCGUGGCCGGCGGCAUAGCAGCUUGCGGCGCUGUCACUGUCACGCACUCCUUUGAGACGAUCAAAAUUCGAUUGCAGUUGCAGGGAGAGCUGCAAUCCAAGAAAGAUGCGCCUCGGUUAUACAAAGGUGUGCUGCACGGUGUCAAGGUCGUCUAUGCGAACGAGGGCCUCAAGGGACUCUUGAGAGGACUGAACUGUGCUUAUGUCUACCAAAUGACCCUCAAUGGCUGCCGCCUCGGCUUCUACGAUCCGAUAAGAACCACCCUCAACUCCCUAGUCCUGACACGAUCCCCUUUCAACACCACCGAUGCGAACGUGAAAGCGAUGCAAUCAGUGCCAGUCAAUAUCGCCUCAGGUGCCUCAUCCGGUAUCCUCGGUGCUUUCCUCGGAUCUCCAUUCUUCUUAGUGAAGACCCGUCUCCAAUCAUACUCUCCCUUUCUACCCGUUGGCACACAACAUCAAUACCGUAACGCAGCUGAUGGCAUGAAACAAAUAUACGGCGCUGAAGGAAUCAAAGGCCUCUGGAGAGGUGUCGGUCCCGCAAUGGUCCGAACAGGUUUCGGAUCAUCCGUGCAACUUCCCACAUAUUUCUUCGCCAAGCGCCUGUUACAAAGAAAUUUCGAUAUCAAGGACGGAACACCUCUCCAUCUCGCGUCUUCCACAGCAUCAGGAUUCGUCGUGUGCUGCGUCAUGCAUCCUCCCGACACCGUCAUGAGCCGCAUGUACAACCAGACCGGCAAUCUUUACUCAGGGGCAUUUGAUUGCUUAUACCGAACGAUCAAGACCGAAGGUAUUUUGGCAGUGUACAAGGGCUUUUUCGCACAUCUGGCCAGAAUCCUGCCGCACACAAUCCUCACUUUGACAUUGGCGGAACAGACAAAUAAGCUAAUGAGGAAAUUCGAAGAUCGAGUGCUACCCAAGGAGACCAAGGAGAAGCUAUGAAUUGAUGGACAGUAGACUUGGACGAUCUGAGACUAAUCUGGAGAACCUUUUGUGAUACCACUGUACAUACCUGUAUUUGGACUACGACGAAUCUUGGAUGAUAGAGCCCGGACCGAUGUCGCGGGCCUGUGAAGGUGGUAUAAGCCGCCUGUACACGAGAGAGCCCCGGCCGAGGUCGACAGAUUUUGGAAAGCAGUGCGCGUGCCCAGGCGGUCUGCACAUAUCUUGUCAGUAAGAGCAGUCCCAUCCUAAGACGAUGAAUUAGGCAAGGCACGAGAUCGCGCGGCGGCUGGCUAAACCUGGCGCUAGAUAGUAGCUAGGAACUCAAACUCAUCACAGCUUGAAUCCCAUACUUGUCGUCACUGGGAUACUGGCAGAUGACCCGACUGCGCCAGUGCUUCAACUCCCAAAUGUCACACAAUCCGUAAACUCACAUCUUAUGCCAAAGCAAGAAAAGAGUGCUCUACGCA